CCCAAAAUCCACAAAAGGUAGUUACGAGGAAGUGUUUGGUACGAAUAGAGUUAUUGCUUUAGGAAAAUGUAAGUAAAAAAUUAUUUUUUACUUUCCGAUCAGCCAAUAGGAAUUGAAUCUUACGAGUUUGAGUUUCUAAAUUUUUUAAGUUAUUAAAUUUUAAACUAAUAAUUUAUUUAUAUUCCAUAAAUUUACAAAACAAAUGAACAAAAGCUACUAUGUUCAUUCACGCAGGUAAACGAAGGGCUAGCUUUAACUAACACUUAAAUUAUAUUAUUAAUCUUUGGGAUACAAAGUUUUUAUCAAAAUAUUUCUUAUUUACUAUUAUUAUUAUUUUUUAAUCUUAGGGAUCAAAAAUGCUAUUAUCUCUAAAAAGUAAGGAAAGAAAUUAGGAAAAAGAAACCAAAGGGCUGAGUUUCAAUUACAGGAAAUCCUCCUAGUUUGCCAUUGCUUUGAGCUCUCUGCUGCAAAGAAUUUUCAAUUUUAGCCUUCCCAUCACCCAUCAAAGUAUUUUUUUCUUCCAAAAUAGCUAAAAUUGCGAUAAACAUAUCCUUAAAGACUCCUCAUAGACUCCUUGAAGAAAAGUUCAUUACUUUCUUAAAAUCAUGUAAAACUAUAAAGCAAGUCAAACAAAUUCAAACACAAAUUAUAACCCAAUGUAUUGGCUAUACUCAAUACAUUAUUCCUCCUCUUUUGUCUAAAUGUAUGGAAUUAAGACAAAUUUUCUAUGCCCACCAUAUGUUCGAUCAAAUUCCUGAGCUAGAUGCUUCUCCUUUUAACAUAAUAUUCAAAGGGUAUCUCCAGAAUGAUAUGUACAGAGAAGUAGUAGUGUUGUUUCGGAGAAUGCUGGACGAAGAUGUUAGGCCGAAUUGUUUUACUUUUCCUAUGGUUUUGAAGUCUUGUGUAAAGUUGUUAGCUUUGGUAGAAGGUGAAGAAGUGCAUGCUGUUGUGCUAAAGGUUGGAUUUUUGAGUAAUAGUUUUGUGGGUACUACGUUGAUCGAUAUGUAUUCGAGUGUGGGAAGAGUGAAAUGCGCUUAUAGGGUGUUUAAUGAGAUGGUUUUACGGAAUGUGUUUACAUGGACUUCUAUGAUCAAUGGAUAUGUUGCGAAUGGCGAUUUGGCGUCCGCAAGAAUGCUUUUUGACUUGGCGCCUGAGAGAGAUGUUGUAUUAUGGAAUAGGAUGGUUACAGGAUACAUUGAAUGUGGGGAUAUGGUAGAGGCUAGAAAGCUUUUCGAUGUGAUGCCAAAUAAGGAUUUAAUGUCCUGGAAUACUUUGUUGAAUGGAUAUGCUAAUAGUGGGGAUGUUGAGGGGUGUGAGAAGCUUUUCGAAGUGAUGCAAGAAAGAAAUAUUUUUUCCUGGAAUGGUUUGAUUGGAGGUUAUGCUCACAAUGGACGUUUUAGUGAGGUUAUUGAUGCCUUUAAGAGGAUGCUAAAUGAGUCUGAUGUGCAGCCUAAUGAUGCCACUCUUGUGAAUGUGUUGUCUGCUUGCACGAGAUUAGGUGCUCUUGAUUUGGGUAAGUGGGUGCAUGUAUAUGCCGAGAGCAAUGGCUAUAAGCACAAUGUGUAUGUUGCCAAUGGGUUGAUUGAUAUGUAUGCAAAAUGUGGGGUGGUUAGUAAUGCAAUUGAUGUGUUUAGGAGCAUGGAUAAAAGAGAUUUGAUUUCCUGGAACACGAUCAUUAAUGGCUUAGCAGUGCAUGGUUGUGGUAGUGAUGCCUUGAGUUUGUUUGCAGAGAUGAAGAAUUCUGGAGUAAAACCAGAUGGAAUUACUUUUAUUGGUGUCUUAUGUGCGUGUUCUCACAUGGGUUUAGUUGCAGAUGGUUUUGCCUAUUUUAACUCGAUGAUGAAUGAGUAUUCCAUCGUGCCUCAAAUUGAGCAUUAUGGUUGCAUGGUUGAUCUGUUGGGACGAGCUGGUCUUUUGGAGCAGGCGGUGAAUUUUGUGGAGAAGAUGCCUGUACGAGCCGAUGCUGUCAUUUGGACUGCAUUACUUGGUGCAUGUAGAAUAUACAAGAACAUUGACUUUGCGAGACUAGCUCUUCAGAAACUUAUUGAGCUUGAUCCGAAAAACCCUGCAAAUUAUGUUAUGCUUGCAAAUAUCUGUGGUGAUGCUCGGAGGUGGAAAGAUGUGGCAGAGCUGAAAGUGGCAAUGAGGGACACUGGGUCCCGGAAGGUACCAGGAUGCAGCUUGAUUGAGGUUGAAGAUGAAGUGGCCGAGUUCUAUUGCUUUGAUGAGAGGCAUUCCAAGUCAAAAGAGAUAUAUGGAGCCUUGAGAGGAUUGAUGAAGGCAUUAAGAUCAUCUGGAUAUGUUCCGGACUUCAUGGAGGUUGGUCAAGAAAGUCCAGGAUUUAUAAUGGAUUAGAAGUUCUUGGUUUCUUGAAGAUAUCGCGAUUUCUUUGAUCAAAAUCUCUUUAAAAUGUUUCAUCUGUAUCACUGCAGUCCAAAUCUCUUCCACUUCAGCCUUCAGAUGUUGGAAAAUGAGGUGUAAGUUUGUCUCAUCUUCUCGGUCGAGUGCAUCGAUAGUUUCAAAAUACACUAGUUUUUCUUUGAUAUUCAUUGGUCUAUAAGACGUUGAACACUUGAGUUGCUACAUGGCGCACCAGUCACAUUACUUCAAUGUAAGCGUAAUGUAGAUAGUUACACUAGUUCAAAAUCUAACUUCUGGAAGCUUACUUUUUGUAAAGAACUGGGACUGUCCGAUUCUCACUUAUGCUUUGAGGAGGGAAGGAACAAGCUUGUCCAAUUCUCACUUAGACUUUGAGGAGAUGGAACAACGAAACGUACAUUCAAGCAUAUAUGUUGUCAGUCGUUGGAAUCACAGAUAACAUACAGGCUGUUGGUUUUGGCCGUAAAUUCGUUCUUGUUUUGCAUCUUAACUUCCUCCUGAGCAGAUCAUCCAUAUUCUUAUCAUUUGAUAAACUGGCAUUUCACUUAAAAGUCGAUUCGACAGGCAUGUUUCAAACACAGGGCAGUUAGAUCAUUACGGUUAACCUGAUAAGGACUGGAUUGUUGUCAUGCAUCAGAAUUAAGAGUAAGAAUGCAUCUUACUGUGACCUUUAUACAUGUAUCCUUUGAAUUACUUGAAAUUGUUGAAUAUUCUGUUCAACUGCUGCUUUGUCAUUAUAGUGUGAACACACAUUAUACAUGGUGGAGAAUAUUUCUUCUAAGUUUGUGAAGUGUAUAUCUGUCCUCAAAUCAUUUAUUAUUGUGAGGGAUGAAAGUUCAUUCUCUCGAGUACAGAACACUUACUGCUGUCUCAUAAUGUGCCAUCGGACAACUUUUCGAUAGCCUUUAGCAAAAAGGACUGAAAUCUCAAGCGUGUCUUCUAAGUUGAGCUCCUAAUACAACAACAAUAACAACAAAACCAGUGUAAUCCCACAAGUAGGGUCUGGGAAAGGUAGUGUGUAAGCAGAUUUACUGCUACUUUGUGAAGGUAGAGAAACUGUUUUCGAUAGACCAUCAGCUCAGUAAAACCUAGCCUAUGUUGAGCGGACUCUCCAAAAUGCCGCCGCACCCGUGUCGGAUCUUCCAAAAAUACACUAAUUUUGAAGGAUCAGAGACAAACCCGGCAACAGUUUAGGAGCGUCCGAGCAACAUAGAAGCUAGCUUACAUUCUAAAUCAAAGCAGUUUGUUAAUCUAUUUUGAGCUUGAAUUCUUGGGGGAUUUGCAUCUAUACCCAGAUUUUGGGUCACAUUUUAAC